GCGGCGGCAGUGGUGGCGGUGGCGGCGGCGGCUGCCGGAGCCGGCGCGAAUCCGGCCCCCUCUGUGGGAUCCGGGUGUGGACGAGCCCCACCUGGGCCCCCGCGUGCGGAGGAUGGGAACACCCCCCCGGCAAUGUCUCUGGGCCGUCUCCUCCGCCGGGCCUCCUCCAAAGCCUCGGACCUCCUGACCCUCGCCCCCGGCGGCGGCGGCGGGCCCCCCUCCGUCCUGGAUGGCGAGAUCAUCUACUCCAAGAACAAUGUCUGCGUGCACCCGCCGGAGGGGCUGCAGGGGCUGGGGGAGCACCACCCAGGCUACCUGUGCUUGUACAUGGAGAAGGAUGAGCUGCUGGGGGCCACCCUCAUCCUCGCCUGGGUCCCCAACUCCCGGAUCCAGCGGCAGGACGAGGAGGCGCUGCGCUACAUCACGCCCGAGAGCUCCCCCGUGCGCAAGGCACCCCGCCCGCGGGGCCGGCGCGCCCACAGCUUGGGCGCCGCCCGCCAGGCCUCCCCCACGGAGCCCAGGCCCGCCCUGACCCCCGGAGACGAGGACACCCCGGGGGCGGCCCAGGGCCUCCCGGACACUGUGCACGUGAGCCCUUCCCCCGAGGACGGGGAGAAGCUGGCCCAGGGCCCGGGGGUGGAUGGCCCACUCCCAGCCGCGCGGCCGGCCCCCUUCGACCCCGGGGCCUGGUCCAGGGCCGGUUCGCAGGACGGCGUGGAGGAGCCGCGGCCCGAGGCCGGCGAGGAGGAGGGCUCCCUGGAGCUGUCGGCUGAGGGCGUGAGCAGGGACAGCUCCUUCGACUCGGACUCGGACGCCUUCUCCUCCCCCUUCUGCCUGUCGCCCGUCAGCGCCGCCCUGGCCGAGAGCAGCGGCGGCUCCGUGUUCCCGGAGAGCGAGAGCAGCUCCCCCUCCAGCGUGGACGCCCAGCUGCAGUUCCCGGACGGCAGCGGCCUCCUGCAGGCGCCGCGCUGGGACGAGCCGCAGCGGGCGCGCGCCCUGGAGCAGAUCUGCGGCGUCUUCCGCGUGGACCUGGGGCAUAUGCACUCCCUGCGCCUCUUCUUCAGCGACGAGGCCUGCACCAGCGGCCAGCUGGUGGUGGCCAGCCGGGAGAGCCAGUACAAGGUGCUGCACUUCCACCGCGGCGGCCUGGACAAGCUGGCGGACGUGUUCCAGCAGUGGAAGUACUGCGCCGAGACCCACCUCCGAGACCAGCAGGUCGCCGACGAGAAGACGUGCAUGAAGUUCUCCAUCCGACGCCCCAAACUGCCCUCCUCCGAGACGCACCCCGAGGAGAGCAUGUACCGCAGGCUGGACGUCUCCGCCUGGCUGCGCCACCUGAACGAGCUGGGCCAGGUGGAGGAAGAGUACAAGCUACGCAAGGCCAUUUUCUUCGGCGGCAUUGAUGUGUCGAUCCGGGGGGAGGUCUGGCCCUUCCUGCUGCGGUAUUACAGCCACGAGUCCACGUCGGAGGAGAGAGAGGCGCUGCGGGCGCAGAAGCGGAGGGAGUACGCCGAGAUCCAGCAGAAAAGGCUCUCCAUGGCCCCGGAAGAGCACAGGGCGUUCUGGCGGAACGUGCAGUUCACGGUGGACAAGGACGUGGUGCGGACGGAUCGCAGCAACCAGUUCUUCCGCGGCGAAGGCAAUCCCAACGUGGAGCGCAUGAGGAGGAUCCUGUUGAACUACGCGGUGUACAACCCGGCCAUCGGCUACUCCCAGGGCAUGUCGGACCUGGUGGCGCCCAUCCUGGCCGAGGUCCUGGACGAAUCGGACACCUUCUGGUGCUUUGUGGGCCUGAUGCAGAACACGAUCUUCGUCAGCUCCCCUCGGGAUGAGGACAUGGAGAAGCAGCUGCUGUACCUGCGGGAGCUGCUGCGGCUGAUGCACCCGCGCUUCUACCAGCACCUGGCCUCGCUGGGCGAGGACGGCCUGCAGAUGCUGUUCUGCCACCGCUGGCUGCUGCUCUGCUUCAAGCGAGAGUUCCCCGAAGCCGAGGCGCUGCGCGUCUGGGAGGCCUGCUGGGCCCACUACCAGACGGAUUACUUCCACCUCUUCAUCUGCGUGGCCAUCGUGGCCAUCUAUGGGGAUGACGUCAUCGAGCAGCAGCUGGCCACCGACCAGAUGCUCCUGCACUUCGGAAACCUGGCCAUGCACAUGAACGGGGAGCUGGUGCUCCGCAAGGCGAGGAGUUUGCUCUACCAGUUCCGCCUCCUGCCCCGGGUCCCCUGCAGCCUGCACGACCUGUGUAAGCUGUGCGGGCCCGGCAUGUGGGACAGCGGCUACAUACCCGCCGUGGAGUGCACGGGCCACCACCUGGGGUCGGAGAGCUGUCCCUACGGGGGCACAGUGGAGCCGCCCUCGCCCAAGGCCCCCGGGGAAUGCAAGAAGGGCCCGAAGACGCCCCGGGAAGGGUUUGCCUUCCGCAGAUAGGUCGGGCCCCUGGCGCCAGAUGAGGAGGGUCCAGGGGACCUCAUCGCGGGUCCCGAGCAUGUGGGAGGGGUGGGGAUGGGCGUGGAUGGGACGGGGGAUGGUUGAAACGUGAGGAGAACACCUUCGGGCGACGUGAGGGGGACAACUUUCAUACUGACGGCGGAAGCAGAGUCCGGGGGCGAGAGAAGGAAGUCCCGACAGCCACCCAGAGAAGAGCCGGCUCCGGGGAAACAGUGGGACCGGAACGCACAGCCCCUCCGCCCGGAGACGCAGUGGGCUGGCUCCUCGUGGCGCCCUCCUCCGAUGCACCCCAGGGAGGCCCAGGGUGUCCCCCGACCCCGUUCACACACAGAUGCGGGGCGCUGCCCAGCAGGGACAGGAAAAGCGGGUCCGGUUCACCCACCAGCGUCCGUGGAUGCAGCAGCAAGGGGAGGGGUCCCCUCCAGCCCCAGACACUUCGGGGUGAGCUGGACACACCUCUCGGCCUGGCCUGGCUCCCCGCGCCAGCCAGCCAUUUCCCGCAGCUUGUCCAGCGGGGGAGGCAGCCCCGAUGUGAAGACACCUGCCCCCACAGGAAAAAUGACGGACUGGUUUCAGGAUAGGGAGGUGUGGUCCGUGGGGGGGGUGAGAAGCUGGGGGCUUCCACGCACGCGGUCCGUGCAGACAUUGGACACCCUGGAGUGUGAAGCGAGCCACCUGCCCGUGAGCUGAGCCAAGAGGCGCUGGCAAUGGUGGCUUCCUCCCGUGUUGAGGAAUUUCUAUGUGAGGUUCUUCGAUGUUAAGGUCAACUUCACCAAAUGUGGCAAACGGGGGGUUGGGGGCGCCGGAUGGGUGAGGGGUGUGUGUACACGCGCGUGUGCAAAGCCCUCGAGAGAAUCGGCACGUUGGGGGCUAGGGUUAGUGCAGUCGCAGACCGACCAGGACAGAGGCACUUGAAGGUGGUGAGGUGGUGGGAUGCAGGGGGGACCACAGGAGAGACGCCCACGGUCCAGGCCCCUCCGCUUCCGGGGAGGAGGCAGGCCCCCCCAGCCAGCCCUCCCUCCUCCGUGAGGCUGGGACGUGGGCAGGCCAGGCCA